AUGACUCUGCGUCCCUCCACUGCUCCGCAGCGUGUCCCGCUGCCGUCUCCUCCUGCGUCCUCCCUUCCUACUCUUCCUGACCCGGAGUCUGACUCCCGUCGUGCUGCCAGUCCCACUGUUACGCGUCUCCUCGCUACAGUUGUCACUGACCCGACCUUUGAGUCCUCUGCUGCGUCUGCCCUGGUCGCUGAGUUGGUUGACUUUGCUGCUCGCUGUCGCCUAGACUACGCUGCCAGCCUUGUCGCUAGGUCUGAGUCUGCGUCUGCCUGUCCUCCGUCCGUCGGGGGUGAGUGUGCCCUCGGCACGGACGUCCUUGAGGACAGACAGGAGGAGUUCCACUGCCUUGCUGCUGCUUUGCCCCGUCUCGUGUCCUUGCUAGUUGCCCCUGAGGGAGACCCGGAUGCACCAGACAUCCCGACCCCACGCUCUUACGCUGAGGCGAUGGCGGGUCCCUACUCCUCUCAGUGGCAGACAGCCAUGGACGCAGAGAUGGCCUCCUGGAAGUCCACAGGCACCUACGUAGACGAGGUUCCCCCUCCUGGGGCGAACAUCGUCAGUGGCAUGUGGAUUUUCAGGGUGAAGCGGCCUCCGGGUUCUCCACCUGUCUUCAAGGCGCGCUACGUGGCUCGAGGCUUCAGUCAGCGAGAGGGAGUAGACUUCUUUCAGACCUUCUCCCCCACCCCGAAGAUGACUACUCUUCGGGUGCUGCUGCACAUAGCCGCUCACCGCGACUACGAGCUUCACUCUCUUGACUUCAGCACUGCUUUCUUGCAGGGCAGCCUGCACGAGGAGAUCUGGCUGCGCCGCCCCCCUGGCUUCACUGGGUCAUUUCCUCCUGGCACCCAGUGGAGGCUUCAGCGGCCGGUCUACGGUCUCCGCCAGGCGCCACGUGAGUGGCACGACACACUGAGGACGACACUUGCGGCUCUUGGGUUCGCUCCCUCUACUGCUGACCCGUCGCUGUUUCUACGCACCGACACCUCGCUGCCGCCGUUCUACAUCCUCGUGUACGUCGACGACUUGGUCUUUGCCACUGCUGACACCGCGGCACUCGCUCACGUGAAGUCGGAGCUGCAGAGGAGACACACGUGCACAGACCUGGGUGAGCUGACGAGCUAUCUUGGCUUGCGGAUCACCCGGGACAGAGCACGGCGCACCAUCACCCUGACUCAGUCACACAUGGUGCAGCAGGUCCUCCAGCGCUUCCGCUUCACGUACUCCUCGCCUCAGUCCACUCCUCUGCCUACCGGUCACUCGCUCUCAGCUCUGCCUUCGGAUGAGUCCGUAGAGCCGAGUGGCCCGUAUCCAGAGCUUGUGGGCUGCCUCAUGUACCUGAUGACCUGCACUCGACCUGACCUUGCAUACCCUCUUAGCAUCCUAGCACGCUAUGUCGCUCCUGGCCGUCACCGGAAGGAGCACAUGGAUGCUGCUAAGAGGGUGUUGCGCUACCUGUGCAGUACGUCGGGCAUGGGGCUUGUGCUUGGAGGGCGAGACCAGGUUGUUCUCACAGGGCACUCAGACGCUUCUUGGGCAGACGACCAGGCUACUCAGCGGUCGUCCCAGGGUUACACCUUCAGCCUUGGCUCUGGCUCAGUUUCUUGGCGUUCUACUCGCUCUUCUUCUGUUCUCAGCUCCAGUUGUGAGGCUGAGAUCUACGCCACAGCCAUGGCUGCUCAGGAGCUACGCUGGCUGACCUACCUGCUGACCGACCUCGGAGAGCGGCCUCGUUCUCCUCCAGUGCUGUACGUCGACAACAAGGCUGCCAUUGCCUUGUGUGAGGAGCACAGACUGGAGCACAGAACGAAGCACAUCGCUCUGCGGUACUUCCUUGCUCGAGAGCUGCAGCAGCGUGGUCAGCUUUGUCUGCGUUACGUGGCCACGGAGGCCAACACUGCUGAUGUGUUCACCAAGGCGCUUCAGCCUUGUGACCAUCAGCGUUUUUGCACUCUGCUAGGCCUUGUACCUACUGGGCCUCACUUGCUUACCUCUUGA